AUGAGAUCGCAAGCAUGUGAGCCGUGUGCGAAGCGCAAAGUGAAAUGUGACAGGGCAGAACCUCCCUGCUCCAAUUGCAAGCGACGCAAGAAUGACACUUGCAUUUAUCCUGAGCUUUCCCCCUUUGAGAGGAUCAAAAAGCUUGAGGAUAUCGUCAGAUCCUUGGGUGGUGAUCCUGCGUCGGAGAAUGGUGAAAGUCCGCUGGAGAAUCGUCAAAGGCCAAAGGGUUCGGUCUCCACUGAUUCAAGUCAUGUUCAGACGCCAGUGAUGGUGCAGCAAGAGGGGAAGGCAGUUUAUCAUGAGUCAGAGGGAUGGCAGACCUGGAUUGACGUGAACAAAUUAUACCAAGGCACAAAGGCACCUUUUAAUCCCGCUGACCCUCGAGGAUCAGCGUUAUCGCCCGCUAAAUUCCUUCCGCAUGCUUUCAAUGGUUCGCCAUGGCGAGAUAAUAGCCUCGUCUCAGAGUCACUGUCUCUACAAAUGCCAACUCUAGAAGCCGUCAAGCUCUGGGACGUUUUCAUGGAACGUGUGGAGCCUGUGGUAAAGAUCAACUUCAAAUGGACUCUUGCUCAUCUAAAAGCUGCUAUAUCCGACGGAGAAAAAUGGGAUCGUCUUGAAGCUGGUGAAAGAGCUCUAAUUUUGUCUACAAGGCUGUUCGCGGCAAAAGCCAACAUCGACGCCCUGACAUCUCGCAGUCUCUGGACGUUGAUGGGCCUCGUAUCACGUUCCGCAGAGCAACUCGGCAUCCAUCGCGACGGCACAGUCCUCGGUCUUUCACCCAUCGAAACAGAAGAACGACGAAGAAUCUGGUGGCAACUCCAACAUCUGGAUCUAAUCCUAUCUCUCAAAAACGGUGUCACACCUUUAUCAUUCGGAACAGCGUGGGACGUAAAACUUCCUCUCAACAUUGAAGACGAAGAUCUAGACCCCAACUCAAAAGACCCGCCCAAACAACGAACGGGUCUUACAGGGUUUGCGUACACCUGUUUUACCUACUAUUUGUUAGAUGCACAGCGUGGUUUUCGCAUCACGCAGGCUAGACAGGCAACAGCGGGCGAGGGGUCCUUGCUGGGUUGUUUAGCCGAUUCCAUGAUCGAUGGUCUGGAAAAGGGGCUCAACGAAAACUUUCUACAGUACUGCGAUCCGAUAAACCCCCUGCAUACACUCCUGCAGAUCUCUGCGCGGGCGGUUGUUAAUAUUCUACGUCUGCGAAAGUAUCAUGAAGCAAAAAUGCGAUCUAACAGUGCAGACGAUAAAUGUCACAUUGAACAUUUCAACCUGUGUAUGCAGGCAAUGAGAUACCAAGCUGUAUCGUAUGCGAAUCCUCUCUUACAAAAGUUUCGCUGGCUUGCUGAGACUUCGUUUGUAUGGUAUGCUCUCAUUGGUAUUCUAGUAGACAUGACACUCUUAUCAGACGUCACAACAAUCCAAUCAGCCUGGUCACUACUAGAAGACCUGUAUACCUCUGCACAUCAUUUGACGGACAUGUCAGAAGACAGAAGAGUUUCACACGCCGCCAAGUCCGUUAUCGCGACGUGGAAUGAGUGUCGACAAAAGCCUGGUUUUGAAUACAUGGAGAAGCCGACGUUUGUGUCAGAGUUGGAGGAGCUUCUGGCACAGGAUGAAAGGAAUAUAGCUGGUGACGCAGGUAGAAAGGAUAAUCAGUUGGAUACGGUGAUGGACUUUGGGCAAGGAAGGACUGGGGAGGAUGACUUGCAACCAUUUGGGUUUGAGUUUGCAGAUAUUGAUUGGGCUUUUUGGGAUAGCAUUAGUUAG